AUGGCGGAACAGCAGCAGUCAACUGCGCCGGGAGUAGCUACGACAAACCGCCGUAUGGGGUUUCUGGCUGUCUUGGGAGUAUGGACCAACUGGUUCUUUUGGGCUAGCGCAGUGAAGGGCCUAGCCGUGAUGUUACCAACUCUACAGGACCAGAUGGACACCAACACUUGGGUCAUCGGCUGGAUGAUUGUGGUAGUUGAGGUCACUGCUAAUCUCAUCGGACCUAUGGCAGCCCCUCUCGGAAGGUGCUUCGGCAUCGGGGCCUGCGUCAUGGUCAGUGGCUUGAUGAUGGGCGUGGCCUUCAUUAUUGCAUCGUUUUCUUCAGCUGUGGUUAUGGCCACAGUGUUAGCUGUUCUGGCAGGACCUGGUAUCGGGAUUUCUAACGUUUUGUGCAAAGAGCUACUCUCUCGUUGCUUUACUUCAGGAAGUACAACCACAGCUUUCUCCAUUUCCCAAACGGGCAGCUCCGUGGCUUUCAUAGUCAUGCCACCGUUGACUCAGCUCUUCCUGGACACUUACGGCUGGAGAGGCGCCAUGCUUCUCUUGGGUUCCAUUUUCUUUCACCUGACCGUGUGCGGCGCCCUAUUGCAGUGUCCGUCAGUCAAUGCUUUGGCCGCACACAAGACAGGUACAGACUACUCUGCCUUGCCAGACGAUUCUUCAGAGGAAGGACAUCAACACAGCGUGGAUGAGGACGCCUCGAGAGAAAGCGUCAAGCAGGAAAAUAACUCAAUCUUGUCAGGUCUCCAAACCGCUUGGCAACUGUUUCUCACUAGACUCCUUACUAGUCGGGCCUACUGGUGUGUAGCAGUCAUAUCGAUUGUAACUAACGUGUCCACCCUAGGUUGGGCAGUGUACUUUGUCCCUCACACACUGACCAAGGGAUUCGACCCGGGUGACGCCGUCACCCUGACUUCGAUCAUGGGACUGACCAGAGUGCUUGCUGGCGUCAUUCUUGGGCCCGUGAUGGACAAGAUUCAGAUAGUCGGCAACAAAGAGUUCGUGGGAAUUGCCCUGACAUCAAUGACCGUGUAUUACGCUGUCGACCCGUGGCUAACAUCCUACUGGUUAAAUGUGGCCGUUGUGGUCAUAUACGCGUGUAGCAACUGCAUGAUGUUGGCUCUACAGGACGUGUUGUUGUGUGAAAUCGUCCCAUCAGAUUGUCUAGGCAGCGCCUUUGGGUGGAUAGCAAUGAAAUCGGCUGUGUUUUCCUUCUUUCUUCUUUAUCUACCAGGUUUGAUCUUUGACCUUGGAGGCAGCUACACCAUACCAUUCCUUCUGAUGGGAGGCCUUCACUUCUUUGCCAUCGCUGCUGUGCUGUUUCUGGUUUUCAAAGUCGACAGUGAGGCAGACUGA